AUGUCAGGGCAAGCCAUCGUCGGCAGCCCUCAUUGGAUCUCUAGAAGCUGGAGGAGCAAGCCAACAGGCACUAUUGUCAUCGCUUUUAGAUCAGAAGCAGAAGCAAAGAAAAUUGGCAGCAGGAUUACAAUCCUUGGCCAAUCUCUCCCAGUAGAGAAAUACCGCCAAACACCACUAACUGCCCAAUGCAGUAAGUGCCAAGGAUUUGGACACAACUCCAGCAGGUGUAAAAACCUAGCUAGCUGCCAGUUUUGCGCUGAAAGCCACCUAACAGCCCAGCACUUCUGCAGCAUCUGCAAAACCAAAGGGAAGGCCUGCAACCACACCCUACCAAAAUGCAAAAACUGCAAACAAACCCACUUUGCUAAUAGCAAAGACUGCGAGGUGCUUCUAUCUAUCAAAGCGUAA